GCCCAAUCCGAGGCGCGGUGGGCUCGCUACUCCAGACGCGAAGUCAGUCUCUAAUGCACCAUCCAGGCCGAGCUAACAAGUGUUCAGAAGUCAAGUCAUGGAUCAGCCUACACGGAAAGAAAAAUCCAAAGUUAAAGAACCUGUGAGCAGAGUUGAGAAGGCCAAGCAGAAAUCAGCCCAGCAGGAGCUGAAGCAAAGACAAAGAGCAGAGAUCUAUGCCCUCAACAGAGUCAUGACAGAACUGGAGCAGCAGCAGUUCGAUGAGUUCUGUAAACAGAUGCAGCCUCCUGGAGAGUGAGCGGCCCCCGCGCACAGAACCAGACGAGCCCCCGCCCCGAGGCUGGCUUUUUCCACGAGGUUCCCGUUUCCCUGAGAUGGUCCGCUUGGAACCUUACAGAACUAGACAAGAAAAUGUUUGCAUUAUUCUGGAACUGGGAUAAGUCUGAACUUCCCGUAUGUCACUUCUGCUUCACUGGUUCUUUCAGUCUGAAUUGGCCCAGUGCUUGCUGAAGAGACUUGUUUUGUUCUUCUAAGACAGCAGAUUCUUUUUUUUUUUUUUAACUUUUUUCUAUUGCUUGAGAAAAAUCAGCAUUUCUCGUGAAACUGUAGAUCUUCUCCAAAAAUAUAAAUAAAAUACUAAUAAAAUGUC